CUGCUGCAGUGAAAAUGAAGAAAAUCCAAAGAAUAGUGGAGUAGAAAAGAGAUUUGAAAAGUGAGACUGAGAGAAUAAACUCUUGGUCGAAGAAAGUGUAUGAAUCAAUUCCGUUGAUAAUCAAAGAUACGAUCUCGAGUUGAAGGAAAGUUCCGAUUUCAUCAAAUGUUGGUUUCUUUUAGAGUGACAAGUCCAGCAGAGAUAUAUUUAUCUCAUGACAGGUUUUUACUAAAGUUUUAACUUUCUAGCUUUUUGGGUUUUGACUAUUGUAAAACAGCAAUAUUCUUGGUGGUAUGAUCAUGAGUAUGCAACAUUCCUCUGCAAGUCUGAUAAUUGCACUUUUGGCAAUUGUUGUUGCCCCUCGUGGAAGGCAAGGUGGAGUUACAGGGUACUGUCCUAGUGAUCUUGUGAAGCAAGUGUGCUUAAGUUCCAGCAAGUACACGGCUUUGAGUGGGUACCUCUUAAUGCUGCUCAGGCUUCUGGGUGCCAGCUGAGGUUACCCUUGGCUGCCAUGGAGCCAAAGCUGGAAACGGUGAUGAGAAGCAAUCUUCAGUAGAUAAUUUGCAAGCUUCCGAAGGAACAUUUAUCCACUCAUGAGUGCAGACUUUGGCUACCCAAUUGGGUUUGGAAUCAAAGUUCGGUUGGUCUUUUUCUAUGAACUGAGAGCGAUGGAGAGUGGUGAAGGAAAUGGCAUUAGCAGUAACAUUAGGAUGAAGCCGAGCGGAAAGUUAACGGCAUCCAUGAUUCUCACUUGUAUUGUUGCUGCUUCUUGUGGUUUAAUAUUUGGUUAUGAUAUUGGAAUUUCAGGUGGUGUAACGACGAUGGAGCCAUUCCUUCACAAGUUCUUUCCCGUGGUGCUGAGGAAAAUGGCCGAAACUACGCGAAAUACGUAUUGUGUCUAUGGUAGUGAGGUUCUAACUCUGUUCACUUCUUCAUUGUACAUAGCUGGGCUGGCCUCGUCCCUUGUGGCUAGCCGAGUUACUAAAGUUAUGGGUCGUAAAGCUACAAUGGUGCUUGGUGGAAUUACCUUCUUGGUCGGGGCUGCUAUCAACAGUGCUGCUUUCAACAUAACGAUGCUCAUAUUGGGACGGAUCCUGCUAGGUUUUGGUGUUGGUUUCACAAACCAGGCAACUCCGGUUUACAUAUCAGAAAUGGCCCCACCAAAAUGGCGCGGUGCAUUCAGUUCUAGCUUCCAGCUAUUCAUAGGCAUAGGUGUUAUUGUGGCUACUGUUGUAAACUUCGGUGCCACACGACUCGGCUCCUGGGGUUGGCGACUUUCCUUGGGGCUUGCUGCAGCACCAGCUGCUUUCAUGUCAGUCGGUGCACUUUUAGUGACUGACACACCAAGUAGUCUAGUUGACCGUGGUAAAGUAGUUCAGGCUCAACAAGCUCUACUAAAAAUCCGAGGAGUCAACUCUAAUAUUGAAGCAGAGCUGAAUCAACUCAUUGUUGCAAGUGAAGCUACAAAAGAGGUUUAUAAAGAACCGUCCAAGACUAUAUUUGAGAGACAGUAUCGACCCCACCUUGUAAUGUCGAUUGCAAUUCCGUUCUUCCAACAGCUAACAGGAAUUAAUGUUAUUGCCUUUUACGCUCCGGUUUUAUUUCAGUCUGUAGGAUUUGGAAAUGACUCGGCCUUGAUUGGAGCAAUUAUUCUUGGUGUGGUUAAUUUUAUUUCAAUAAUAAUAUCAAUGUUUAUAGUUGAUCGAUAUGGACGCCGAGUUUUAUUCAUGCAAGGUGGGAUUCAGAUGAUUAUCUGCCAGGUGGCUUUGGCAUGCUUUUUGGGGGCAGAAUUAGGGGUCUCUGGGGAUGAACCAUUGUCUCAAACCUCGACUAUUUUGGUACUAAUUCUGAUGUGCAUAUAUGCGGCUGGUUUCGGGUGGUCAUGGGGACCGCUUUCAUGGCUAAUACCUAGUGAGAUAUUCCCGAUGAAUAUUAGACCAGCAGGGCAAAGCAUAAGCAUUGCAGUUAACUUCCUGACAACAUUUAUUUUAGCUCAAAUAUUCUUAACGAUGCUAUGCCGUUUUAAAUUCGCUAUCUUCUUGUUUUAUGCUGUGUGGAUCGUGAUGAUGACGGGAUUUGUUGCUGUUUUCUUGCCGGAAACAAAAGGGGUUCCUCUUGAAUCAAUGCAUACUGUUUGGGAACAACAUUGGUACUGGAGUAGGUUUUCUGCUUGAAUAAACGUGGUUAAUUACCGUUGGUGGGCGGCAACGGCAUCAGGACCUUGGGGCCAAAUUAAGGGCGUCUAAAAACUAGAAAUCGCAUGUUUUAAAUAAACAGAAGAAUUAUCAUUUGCAAUCGGGACAUUAUGAGUUGUGCCUCUUCAUGUAGUUCUUUUCUGGUCGAUAUAUUAGAAUAGAGGCAAAUGUGGGCCUUAAGUCAGGGGUAUGUAUGUUCUUGCACUUAAUAUUAAUCUCAUCCUACAUGAGUUUAUGAUUA